AUGAAAGGAACGGGCAAGAACAAGCUCACCGAUCUCUUCCACAUGCAGCUCUACCUGUCAGCCAAAAGGUUUUCUUUGGGACCCAGAAUGUCUUCCGAGUCGGCUUCCCCUUGCAAGCGCUCUCCGUCCCCGGGGGCCCUCAGGCUCCCAGAAGGCCGCCGGGGGAGGGACCGUUCUCCUUCUCCGAUGCGAGGCCACCUCAUCCCUAGCCCGCUUCCGACCCGGAGGACUCGGACGUAUUCUGCGACAGCGAGAGCUUCCGAAGGGCCCACCUACAAGGGCACGUGCAAAUGCUUCUGCCGCUCCAAGGGCCACGGCUUCAUCACCCCUCAGGAUGGCGGUCCGGAUAUUUUCGUGCACAUCUCUGACAUCGAAGGGGAAUAUGUCCUGGUGGCUGGAGACGAAGUCACUUACAAGGUGUGCCCCAUCCCGCCCAAGAACGAGAAGCUGCAGGCCGUGGAGGUGGUCAUCACUCACCUGGCUCCAGGGACAAAACACGAGACGUGGUCUGGGCACGUGAUCAGCUCCUAG